AUGACAGAGGUGUCUACAUUGAAGAAUGAUAUUCCUAAUCAAGAAAAUGUUGAUGAGUUAUUCUCAAAAUUAAGCAUAUCUGAGAUUCAGCAAAUUGCAACAAAGUAUAAAUCAAUAAUAUCGCAUACAAAAAAUGAGUUACAUGAUUUAGUCAGUGACAAAUAUAGAGAUUUAAUUAAAAUUGCAGAAGAUAUAAGCAAUGUUCAACAACAGACUAUACUAAUUGAUGGUAAUUUGCAAGAAUUAUCAUACAAACCAUCUACGUUUGUUUCACCAUAUAAUGACAAUUCUCAAAAAUUUGAUACAUAUAUCAGAAGUCAAAAUGCAUUAAAAGUUCAAAGAGAUUCAAGAUCAAUAGUGGUGAGAAAUGUCAUGCAAAAUAGAUUAAACAAGUUGAAUAGUAAAGUCAAUAAAAACGGAGCUAGUCCUUUGUUGCAUACUUCUCAUUUCAUAUCAUUUGUUCAAGAAUUGUACACAAUUAAUACCGUAUUUCAAGAUAUUUUACAAAAGGACAAAUCAUUAAAACUGCAUAUCAAUGUGAUCAAAAAUAAUUUACUCGAAUAUUUCAAAUUUGAGAUUUCUGUUUACAAAAUUACCGAAUCAAUUUUGAGUUCAAAUGAUAAAUUUAGAAUGAAGCAAAGGCUUACAAGAACAGAUUUAAUUUUAAAAUCUAAUGACGUAAGAGAUGCAGAUAAUGAUUACGAAGAUGAAGAAGGAGAUGAUGAAGUAAGUGAUGAUGAAGGGGAAAAUUCAAAAUUUGAUAUGAUAAAUAGUUCAAAACUGCCACUGUCAGAUAAAAAUACACUGCCGCUAUGUAAUUACUUAAUCUGUUACACCAUAUUACAAAAUGAGGUUGGAAAUCAUGACAAAGUGAAACAAGAACUCAUAAAACUCAGAAUAAAUCAUAUAACUCAACUACUAUCAACACUAGAUCCCGAAGAUACUACAAAUUACUACGUCUUACUCAAAUAUUUGGAAAAUACUUGUAAAUAUGUUGAAAUGUACUUUGAAGAUGAAGAAAGUAGUGAUUAUUUGAGAAUUAUUAGCAACAUAAACAAACCAUGGAGCCUCACAUCACUAGUUGGUUUUGGAGAUUGGUUAGAUGACACCACUGUUGAGUUUGAAAGUAGGACUAAUGAUAAAUUUACAACUGAGAAUUUGCAACAGCAAAUUACCACACUCAUAUCAGUAACUAUAUUUGCUUCAUUUGAAACAGUGGAAAACACUUUUAGUAUCAAUAAUUUAUUUCAAAUUGUCGGUCAAUACUAUUCUUUUUUCAUCAAUUUAAAAAAGCUAAAUGACAAUCUCGAGUUAUCAGGUACUUCAUCUCAUUUGAUUAAACUAUUGUCCAAGUCCAGUUUCUUCAACGAUUACACCAUCAAAUUAGCUACAUUUAUAAAAACAUUUUGUCAACAACAUAUAUCCAAGUUGAAUAGUGAAGAAGGUAUAAUUGGAGCUUUAAAAAAUCUAAUUUCUAGUACGAUACCAGAAAAAUCAAGAAAAUUUGGAUUUGAUUCAAAUUUUGUCAAUUUAAUGGAUUAUAACGUUGAUGAAUAUAUUGCUAAUGUGGUGAAUCAAACCAGCUUAGAGUCUAAAAGUAUAAUUACACAAGAGUUAUAUGCUUGGUUAGAACAUUUCAAAAAAUUAAAACAAUUGACAGAUCUUCAGCAACAAAUUACUUUAUCAAUAUUUUCCAAAGAUUCUGAAUUUACUUACUUACCACGUUUGUUUCAAACCUUCAAUAGUGAUGAUGUCAAAUGGGGUGAGUUCACGGCAAAUACUUUGAAGUUCAAUUUUGAAACUCUACAUAACAAAAUGGACAGCCUUUUUAAGAAGGAGUUGUUAGACUUCUGUAAAUCAGUUGAGCAAUUGAGUCAAAAUCUAAAAGAUGUUGAUAAGUUAUUUUUCAUAGUUGGUUUAUUGACUCACUUGAAUACAGAAUUUGAGUCAAAUCAAAAAGUCGAUAAUAACAUCGUAGAUAAGGUUAAUAAACUUAUCAAAACCAUCUACAAAGACAUCAUUCAAUUAUUAACUGCAGAAGAUAUUGAUGAACCAAUCAAUUUGAAUGUUGAAGAAAUUCUAAAAAUUAAGGGUACCGAAAUACCAACAAUACCGAGCCUUAGACUUGCACUGACUAUAUAUGAAAUAGCUCAAAAAAUUUUAACUCAUGCAUCUACAAUUGAAGAUCAAAAUAUCAAUAUCUUCAGAAAUUCAAAUUCAUUAAAGUUAUUUGUUUCAGAAAAGAAUUUUUGGUUCAAAGAGUUGGCCAAUAGCUAUAGCAAAGCUAUUGAAACCAAAGUAGAGGAUUUUAAAAAUUUAUCGAGUGUGAAAAAGGAAAUUAAUGGAGGCAAUGAAGCAAAGGAGAUUGAAUCAACUGAUAAAAAUGAACAAGAGAUUAAGAUUUCCAAAGCUCAAGGUCUACAAAUAAUAGCAAAUCUUAUAUUCAUAUUGCAUUUCAAUCAUGCACCACUUGAAAUGAAAGAUGUACAAGAUCAAAUUACUAGAAUUUCAAAGAUAUAUGGUUCUACAUUUGAUGAUAAUUCAUUAGAGGUAGUAUUUAGCGGAGUUUCAUCAUUUUUUAAAUCAAGAAAAAACAUAUAUUUACCUUUACUGAUAGUUUGA